AUGUCUACCCCACUGAAGGUGCAGUUAUUUGACAAUGCCACAUUCAAAAAUCAAUCAUACAUAACUGAAUUAAUUCUUCUGGGAUUUGAAGAGAACCAGGUAUUACAAAUUCCGCUUUUCCUGCUGUUUCUCCUCAUCUACAUUGUGACCAUGGCUGGGAACAUCCUCAUUAUUCUACUAGUUGUCACUGAUCAACACCUUCACACCCCCAUGUACUUUUUCCUUGGGAACCUCUCCUGCUUGGAGAUCUGCUGCAGCUCAAAUAUCUUACCAAGGAUGUUAUCCAGUUUCAUCACAGGAAGGAAGACUAUAUCUGUCAGUGCAUGCUUUGUACAAGAAUAUGUCUUUGGUUCACUGGGAACUGUGGAAUGCUAUCUCUUAUCUGUAAUGUCCUAUGACCGGUACUUAGCUAUAUGUAAGCCUUUACAUUAUGUCACCAUGAUGAGUGACAAACUGUGUCUUCAGCUGACAGUCAGCUCUUGGAUUAGUGGUCUUCUGUUAAGUAGUAUGACAAUGAUUUUAAUAUCCAAGUUAGUUUUCUGUGUUGACAAUGAAAUUGACCAUUAUUUUUGUGACACCUUUCCACUUAUAGAACUAUCUUGCAGUGACACCCAAAUAUUAAAACUUUUUGUGUAUGUUGAAAGCUCCAUAAUCACCUUUCCUCCAUUUACACUGACCUUAACAUCCUACUUUUUCAUCAUUGUAGCGAUAAUGGAAAUUCCUUCUACUACAGGGAAGCAAAAGGCAUUUUCCACUUGUUCCUCUCACCUCUUGGUAGUUACCAUUUUUUAUGGCACACUGAUUAGUAUCUAUGUUAUACCAAGUACUAAUAGACUGAAUGGCUUUCAUAAAGUCUUCUCUGUCUUUUAUACCACCCUGACACCCAUGCUGAAUCCCAUCAUAUAUAGUCUGAGAAAUAGGGAGGUAAAGGAUGCCUUGAGAAGACUUAUUGCAUUUUUGUUUGUUAAAACCCAGAAGAAAAUCAGAUAUAAGAACAGCUAUGUGUGUUGUUUUCUCAUUAGUGCUUUCAAAAUAUGA